GACGUCAACAGCGAGGACGAAUGGACUAAAGACGAUUACAUCAAGCAGCUGGCUGGGGACUACGUAUCCAAGAAGAUGACCGAGCACAGGGACGAGCUCAUCCGGGACCUCAUCAAGGUGGUCUCUGCGACGGUCCCCGACCAGAUCCAGGAUUUUGCCGCUCAGCUUACUGAGCACUCUCGUGCUGCUGGGAAGUUGGCGGAAGGAGUACAACAGCUUCCAGCUAUGGCCAAGCAAGCAUCCGAACAAUUUUGCUCCGAGAAGCUGGAUGCUUUCUACCGCAAGUUCCAGGAACAGUUGGACGGCCACUCAGUUCGACUUCGUGCCGUUGAAAACAGGUUCGAUGGCCGCGACUCUGAACUGCAGACACUUCGAGAGCACAUUCAAGAACUCCGCGCUGCCCUCGCGGUUGCCAACGUCCAGCCCAAACCACCUCCCGCUAGCGCUGCAGGCUUUGACAGGGAUACCGACGCAACGAUCAUCCGCAGCAUGGCUUCCAAAUUGGUGGACUUGUCUGCGGUACAGCGAAUCAUGUCGGACUGGGUCGUCAGCUGCGGGAUCAAGGCCGAGUUCUUCACGAUCUCUUCCAGCGAGCAAGUCGCCAAACAGUUCGCGGUCCAAUUCUCUGGGGCAGCAGGACCUGCGGCUCGUCGUGUCUCUCAGGUUCUCGGCGCUCAGCGGCUCGCCCCUGGCCAAUGGAAAAGAUUCGAGGUCAUGGCCAUGGACGAGCAGCUGGAGAUCCAGGGCCGCAAGCUCAGGGAGGCCUUCAAGAACGUGGCCCCCGACAAGAGAUGGUUCUUCGACCGUGACAGGGGCUGCCUCAUGGCGGGGUGGGGCCCGGUGCUCCGUCUCUCUCCCAACCCUGGGAACAUUCCCUCGGAGGUCGCGCGGGCAGACAACAUUGCGCAGAAGCUGGCGCUCCCGAAGGAUCAGCUGGCGGAGCUCGCCUACCUCAAAAGGCUGAACUUCACUUGCGGCAGUGUCGCCAUCCAAGAGGUUCACCAGGGCAAGAAGCAGCUCAUCGACUUCCUCUCCAAGGUUGCACCACGCGCGAAGGCCCACGCCAGCUACUGCGAGGGGUCUGCAGUACGGGGCGGCGUUGCCACCAUCAUUCCCGCUGAAUUCCGCGCUGGGGUCCCUCGGCGAUCUUUAGUCCCUGGUAGAGUGCUACGAGUAGCCCUUCAACUGGACGGCUCCUACGUUCACUAUCACAAUGUGCACAAACACGACCUGACCAUUGCCCAGCUCAAUGGAGUGUCGAAAGAUUUGGUUGCUGACCUGAAG